UAUCAGUUUAAUUAGAUGUUAAUGAUGUUCUCAAGACUUUCAUUUAUUCUCACUCCCCUCUUGUGUACACUUCUUUUCUUUUUAGUAAGUACUGGUAUUCAGGCACAAGCAAUAAAGAGUGUUGCUCCGGGUGAAGUGAAUGCUCUUCGUGAAAUAGCUAAAGAAUUGGGAAAAAAGAACUGGAAUUUUUCCCUGAACCCUUGUGAUGGUGAUCCCAGCUGGAACACAAAUGUGACAGACACAGGUUCUCAGUUUAAAAACAGUGUUCUGUGUGAUUGUUCGUAUCCUGGUGGUGUUUGUCACGUUGCUGAGAUAGUUCUCAAGGGGCAGGAUCUUGCAGGAGUUCUUCCUCCGUCUCUAGCAAAGUUACCUAAAAUCAAGAAGAUUGAUUUAUCAUAUAAUUAUCUAAAUGGCACCAUACCUACUCAAUGGGCGUCAACAAAUCUGGCCUUCUUAGCUGUUACGGCUAAUCGCUUGUCAGGACGCAUUCCAACAUCUUUGGGGGAGAUAACCUCUCUUAUAACUGUGAUUCUAGAGAACAAUAUGUUCUUCGGAAAUAUUCCUGCCGAGCUUGGAAAACUAACAAAUUUAUCAGUUCUGGUCUUGAGUGCGAAUAAUCUCACUGGUAAAUUGCCAGAGGAGCUUAAUCUUCUCACCAAUUUGAAAGAACUCCGGAUAAGUAGCAACAACUUCAGUGGGAAAAUUCCAAACCUUGGAAACUGCACAAAACUUCAGAAAUUAGAGAUCCAAGGUAGUGGUCUAGAAGGACAAAUACCCGAAAGUCUUUCCUUCUUGAGAAAUAUAACAGAACUACGAAUUUCUGAUUUAAGUGGAGAGGGCUCACAUUUUCCAAAUCUGAGUAGGAUGGCAAACAUGACUAAGUUGAUGUUGAGAAGCUGCAAUAUAAUUGGGACUAUUCCAGGUUAUAUAUCGCAAAUGUCCAAUUUGAGCCAUCUAGAUCUCAGUUUCAACAAUCUGAAUGGUGAUAUACCAGAUCUAAGUGAAAAGCAUGUUAAAAAAAUAUAUCUGACUGGUAACUCCCUGGAAGGCAGUCUUCCUAAAUGGAUCGCAGAUAAAGAUCUUGUAGAUCUUUCCUACAACAACUUUAGUAAAGAUACUGUGCCACAAGAUUGUGGUGAAUCACUGAACUUAUUCAGAAGCUACUCAAGUGGGAAUAACUCUGACCUUGGGAAGUGCCAUAGCAGCCAUCAAUGCUUAGAGGACUACUAUUCAGUUUAUAUCAAUUGUGGUGGGCCAGGAGUUACCAUUGGAAACAAGACUUAUGAAGCAGAUGAAUAUCUAGAAAAUAAUGCAUCUAUACUCACUAUGAAUGACUAUGAACUUUACACAAGGGCUCGCCACACUCUGCUUUCUCUCACUUACUAUGGCCGUUGCUUAGCAAAUGGAAAGUAUACUGUGACUCUACAUUUUGCAGAGAUAGUUUUCAGAGACAACCAAUCUUACAAGAGUCUUGGAAGACGUGUUUUUGAUGUUUAUGUUCAGGGUGUAACCAAAUUGAAGAAUUUUGAUAUCAAGAUUGCAGCAGGUGGGGUUGAUAAGGAAGUAAAUAUAACCUUAAAAGGCAUACCUGUUACUAAUAAAACAUUAGAAGUCCGGUUCCAAUAUGCUGGAAAGGGUACAACAGCUGUCCCAUUGAGAGGGGCUUAUGGUCCUCUUAUAUCUGCCAUUUCUAUGGUCGCAGAGUUCAAGCCUCUAAGUCAUGGGAAAAUAACUCAUGGGAAAAUACCUCAUUGGAAAAAAUAUACAUUUGUUGCCAUUGGAGUGGUGGCUGCAGUUUUGUGUCUAAGUCUCCUAAUUCUUGGCAUCGCAUGGAAGAGGGGUUAUAUAGGGGACCAAAAAUUCAAGAGAAAAAGACCUAAGAGGAUUGGAUUUGCAAACUGGUGUAUUUACAUAUAG